ACAACAUUCGCUGCUGGAUUGCGAGCACUUCGUUUCUGCUGGUGCUGCUGCUGCGGCGCGCGUUCGCUUCACUUCACUUCACAAUACCUACUUUUUUUCUGUAUGUCUUUCCUCCGAAACUCGACUCCUACCUCAUCUACGGAAAUCAGCAAAAGUAGUCGAGAGUAGACAGCCGUUAGGUGAUCACACACGGCGCGCGGGCUCUUCUUUUCGAUAUUGAAACUUGGUGUGUUUUGCCGAUACAGGAUUUUUUUUUGUGUUCUUGUUUGGCGACGAGAGCAACUACGCUAUGCAAUAAGGGGUUUCGGAACACGGAAUUAGAACGAGCGCGACCGACACCUAGAGAAACUGCGGCAGUUCGCGCGGAUCGGAUCGAAUCGCAUUCUUGCGCUAUUGUUCUUUCGGUAACGUUGUUGCUGUUUCGAAUGGAAUUUGAAUCGAUUUGGGUUCUAACUGGAAGUGAUCAUCAUCAAUAGCAGCAGUAGUGAAAGCGUGAUUUGCUGACCGUGACGGGCAGGGGUGAAGAAGUUCUAUCAUUUGAAUGUGUCGCAAUCGGAUUUGAAAGUGAGAGCAUCCCAGAUGAAUGGUGAUUGGUGAUCGUACUUAACGCUGAUUGGUUCUAAACUUGACGGAGCGGGAUUGCGAACAGGUGUCACCGGAUUCAGUGCAACAACAUUCAGCAUUCGGAAUCGAUCGUAGGCGAGCAACAAAAUGACGUUUCGAAGCGAUCGUGUUCUUCUUGAGGGUUCUAAAACUUUGUACGAUCGCGAAGGGUGACAGUGGAUGAAGAAACGAGUUGAACAGUCAAUUAGAGGAAUUGAUUGAAAGUGUGAGAAGUUGAAGUUGAUCAACGACAUUUCAAAACUAAGUGACGGAAGCUGAUGAUUUUUUGUGGAUCGACCUUUUCAGUGAAAGUGUAGUAAAACUAUCCAGAGCAGCAAGUGUCCAAGAAACUGCGGUGAGUGUGUCAACAAUUCGGGUCUACAGAACCCGCAGAAACCAGAAACAACGUCUGCGGCGGCGUGUGGAGUGACAGAAGCGAAAAGCAUACAAAAGUUACGCAAAUGAAUGAAACCAGUUUCCAGUAAAAGGAAAAGUGAGAAAUAAUUUCAGUCUUUUUUCGUAGUCGAAGCCCAACUACACAAUUGACGAAGUAGUGAGUGAAGUGGAGAGCGAAAACAAAAAGAACUGCCGACCAUCUUUGCCAUCGAUUCAACGCAACCAACGCCGCGCCAAUUCGCUCCGGAAAGAUCGAGUUUUAAGUUCUGAGCUCGAAGAAAAAGAAAACAAGUCCAGCCCUGCGAGCACCGUUCUGAUGCCGUCCAGCAGCAGCGCAACCCUGCUGUCGUCGUAGAGCCGGCCGGCCGCACGGUUGGCAACGCUGCUCUUCUUCCCAGCCGGGAGGACGCAGUCCUUCAACAACACAAGACAUUCCCGAUCGUUGCUUCGAUCGACCGCCGAGAGGCCAGUGAUAGACUCCCCAUAUCGUCGUGGACAUUCCCUAAACCUAAACAGACCGGCAACAAUCUUCCAUUAGUUUUUUUUUUAAGGAGCUUCGAAGCUAUCGAACUGCGUGCACGUACGUGUUCCCAGCUUCUCCCAGUUUUCUGUAUUUCUGUGGUGCGCCAGUACGCAAAACGAGACCGUGUAAAUGCUUGGAGUUAGGAUGCUGAUGCUGCAAUAUAGCAAACACGGCGAAUGCAUACUCCAGGAAAUCGGUGCAGCAUUCCGGGGCGAGCAUGCAACAGACCUCCUGCUCAUCUGCGAUGGCAAGGAGACGGUCCGGGCGCACAAGUUGGUCCUGGCCGCGGCCAGCCCCCUCAUCAGAAUGAUCCUGGAAGACACGCCCAUCCUUGAUGGCAUCACCACGGUGUACUUCCCGGACGUCAAAGUGUGCUACUUCCGGCUGCUGCUGGACUUCCUGUACUCCGGCCAGGUGUACGUGCGAUCCGUCGAAGAGUACCACCACCUGCAGGACCUGCUAGCGCUGCUACAGAUCAAGGCCAGCAUAUGGAAGAACGGCGAGGACUCGAACGACACAGAAUCCCACAAAUCGGAACCGCACGUAGACAUCAACCGGAACGAGGGUAUCGCAUCGAGUCACCCGCGGCGGAGAUCCAAAAGCCAGGAAUCGUUCGGUGGUGCCGAUCGGACAAGCCAGAAGAUCAGCGUCAAAAGUGAGCGGAAUUCCGGCAGCAGUGAGGACGGCGAUCGCGAAGAUGGCGAAUACAUGGAAGAGGUAGACGACGCGAUCAUCAAGAGUAACAACAACCUGCAGCCGCACCAUCACCACCACCAUCAUCACCAUCACCAGAUCACACGGCACGAUGGCGAUGACGACGCCGGAGGUGGGAGCGGGAACGACGGCAGCGAAGGCAGUGGUGCUGAUCGAGGGCGAUCCGGAUCGGUAGCCGGCGAGAGUGCAGAUCGGCCAACGCCGACGAACCUGAGUGGAAGCAUAGGUGGCGGGCGACGAAGUGGGAGCGGCGAACGGGAUCCGGAAGAGGAUGAGGAUUAUGAGCUGGAUGUGGAGGAUCGCGAGGACGAGGAAGCGGUCAGUGCGGAAGCACGGGAAGCCAGGCGAGCAGAGUCCAUUGGGAACCGGAGGCGAAGCUCGUCGGAUCCGGUGAAUCUGUCGAUCGUGAAAACUCAGGACGUCGACUCGGACGAUGCGAACAUCGACGUGGAAACGAUAGGCAAUGCUCCCACCAAGAAUCUACUACCCCGCUACCUGGACCCGUUCCGCAGCAAACGGAAAGCAUACUUCAUCCAUUCGGACGCCGAGCAGUUGAAACCGCUGGAGCACGAGCUACUUCACAACUCCCCGGAUAACCUGAUGGUGACGCCCCAUCGGAAGCGUCGACCCGGGUUCCACAACUCUCCUGCCCAGAAUCCGCCCUUCGUGCCGAGCUACCUUAGCCCGGACGACCUGCGGACGCGGAAAUGCUUCCUAUCCGCUCCAACGUACCUGCCAGAUGUCCGACCGGGUUCUCCGAACUCUGCACGAGCCGCCGAACUUGCUCUAGCGAACAACCACGCGGUCAACAACAAUAACAAUAACAACAACAACCGGAUACGACCGCCCAGUGCGGACAACAAGCUGGCCGUCGCUCCGUUUGUGUAUCCCUGGCCAACGGCUGCCCUGGCUGGACUUCCAGGCGGUCCCGGCGACCUGCUCGGCAUUCCGUACGUCCACGGCGGUCCCAACGCGGAGACCAGCCCUGCGGAGCUCAUCCAGCAAAUGAAGAACUUCGAGAGUAGUCAAGCCGAGCUGAACGCCCGAUCCGGAAGCAGUGGCAACAAUGGAGGCAACGGUCCCGGAACCGGAGGUGCUGGAGGCGGCGGAGGUGGCAGCAUGGGAGGCAGCACGGCCGUCCGGGAGUACCGCUGCGAGUACUGUGGCAAGACCUUCGGCAUGAGUUGGAACCUGAAGACGCAUCUGCGAGUGCAUACCGGCGAGAAGCCGUUCGCCUGCCGGUUAUGCGUGGCCAUGUUCAAACAGAAGGCCCAUCUGCUGAAGCAUCUCUGUUCGGUGCAUCGGAACAUCAUCAACGCGCCGGAAGCGGGCGGGAGGUAUACCUGCUGCUUCUGUACGCUGUACUUCGAGACGCUACAGGAGCUGGUGCGGCAUCUGUCCGGGCAUCACAACAACCUGCUGCUGAGCAAGAACCUUCACGAAUGAUACCAGCUGCUGGACCUGGACCGAUACUUCUACUACUACUGCUGCUACCGGCUGGAGAUGCACACCACCCGUUUGUAAGAUAGACGUUUUAGAUGUUUAUAACAAUAUUUGAAUCGACCAUGUGAUAGAAACGCAUAACCUUAAAGAUAUAAGUUUUGCAAUUGUUGAACAAAGGCAAAAUAUGCUACGCACACACACAUACAUAAACACAUACACUUACAGUCACGCAGAGACGCCGAACGUUAAAAAGGAACGCUAUUCGUGUUGUUUGAUCGAGAUGUUGCUAAAUGCAUCUCGUAAGACCCGUUUAAACCUAACUGUGUGGCUCGAUGUCGACAACAGUUCAAGUAACGUUCGUAACGCUUCACACUUGUGUUCACUAGACUCGCUACAGGUGAUCAUUCUGAUUCACUAACUAAUGAUUCUUUAAAGUUAUCCCGACCCAUUGUCAAAUAAUUUCAUGACGGUCAUCCCGAUGUACUUCUAAACAGUAUUGCGAUCAUCGCGAUCUGUUUCGGCAAUUUCAGAAAAGUGAUCCCUCUUCGGUCCAUGAUGGUCAUCCCGAUGCGUUCAAGCAUUGAAUGAUGGUCAUCCCGAUGCACUUCUAAGUAAAUCCAUCGUGGUCAUCUCCAUAGAGUUCUAAGUAAUACGAUUACGGUUGAUCUAAUCUAUUGCGACUAUCUUGUUCCUUCAUAAUCAUCCUGAGGAGCAUCUAAACAACCAUAUUGCGGUCAUCUGGAUCCGUUUCACCCGUUUCAACAGAGUUAUCACGCUUUACUUACAAAGUAAUCUAUGAUGGUCAUCCCGAUGCGCUUCUGAACAAUUCCAUCGUGGUCAUCCCGAUACGUCUCAACAAUUCGGUUGCAGUUGACUUGAUCCAUUGCUACUGUUCUGUUCCAUCCUGGUCAUCCCGAUGCACAUUCAAUCAAUUCUACUGUGGCCAUCUCGAUUCAGUUUCAGCAGUCAUUCUUUUUAUGGUCAUCCAGAUGUUCUUCUAAGCAUUCCAACGAGGUCAUCCCGGCACGCUUCCGAACAAUUCAAUUGUUGAUGUUCCAAACAAUUUGAUGGUUAAAAUAGUCUGUGGAUUCUUAUCCACUUUCAAACAACUGUCACAAGCCAAACAAAAAAUCACAGGGUUGAACAAAAAGGUAAGGAGUUACGUACGUUACCGACAGAGUUGCCGAUAAUUUCGAACCGUACAAAACUGUAAAAAAGACGCCAACGUUGUUCGUUUUUUGGAUACUCGAGUAUACGCCCUACCAAUACAAGUACAUACUGCUACUACAACUAAUACUACUACUACAACGUUAAAUAGUACCGUUUUAUAAACAGUCAGACACUACCACACCAACACAAUCAAAUGAGACCCAACCCCCAAACCGGAUCGGUUCGUGUGAUGUUCGCGCGAGUAGCGUUCUUUUGUUUGUUAUUGUUUUGUUCAUUGUCUCGUUUUUAACAAUACGUCAAACGUCAAACGUGUUUGACUCUAAAUUUUCCGGAUUAGUUUUUUUCCUUGUUUACACGAAGCAAUAUUUACCUUCUAAGUAUUUUUCGUUAAUCUUAAGCCAACAACAGACGCAAUCAAAAUUGUUCGGUAGGUUAUUUUUAAAACAGUUAAUACACAGACAGCCACACACAAACACAAACAAGCAAGCAACAAUAGUCAGAAAAAAAAACGCGAUUACCAAUACCAAGUACACACAAGUAAGUGAGAUCAGACAUUAGAGUGAAGCGAGUGCUAAGCCAGAAACCAUCCAUCCAAAACCGCAGAGUGAGAGCGAAACACAGCUAGAAACACAAUCGACAGAAGUUACUUAAGCCGAACGUACAGUAUGUUAGUUUUUUGUUUUGUCUAUAUUGUUUAGAGUAUUUUUCCUUAAUUUAUUGCUAUUUAACAUCCGAAACCACCACCACCACCGAAUGAUAACACACACAUAUACAGACACUCAAACGAUAUGAAGCGAAAACGAUUUGAAUUAAUGUGACAGAGACAUAACCCAUAUUCUGUGAACGUAUCUUGAACAUAACCUCCAAAUUAUGAUGAUUGGAAACUGUUUCAGGAACUGUUGGAUUAUAAAUGCAAUCGAUGGGAUCGAUAAAAAAUCUUAUCGAUCAACUGUCAAACGUGUUAAGCAUGAACUUAAAUUUUCGAAUUAUCCUAACCCGAAUUGGUUUCUUCGAUACAGCUCUUUCAAAGUUUAUUUUUUUUUUAGUUUAAACGAUGACUCUCCCGUUGUUAACACUAAAGGCAAUAGUUCCAGGUGUAUUUAUUUCCAACAGAUUUGCAAGCAGUUUCCAUACAUUCCCAAAUACAACAAAUAUGCCAAAAAAUAUACUUCGAAAACACGAAUGAACUCACCAAUUCUCACGAUCCAAUUAAUCAAAAUACACUAUUCUAGUACGUCAAAACUGACAAAAUUAAUACACGUUUAUUCCCUCUUGAAAGCCGACAAAACGACUAAUCCUCAUUACUUAUAGUUGAGCGCAAAAAAAAAGACAACGCGCAGAGCAGAACCGUACAAAUUCUGCUCCCCUCGAAAAAGAAAGCGUGUGUGGUUUGAUACUAAUUAAAAUAUAUAGUGAACCAAUGGUACAAAUUACAUUUGUAGUGAAGCACAAAUAUUAGACAAAAUAUUGAAAAAAAAACGCAAACCAACCAACGUUAAAUACGAAGCGAGGAAACCUUCCUCCCUCUCCCCAUAUCUACUUAAUGAUGGUAUUCAAAAAGCCGAAAGCUAAACAAAACCGAUAAAAUCUCACAAUCAUUCCGUUCGCAAGUUAGGAUAUUAUAAUCUUUAUAAACUCUAUAAUCGAUACAAUAGGUAUAGUGUGUAGGUGUCAGUGCACGGUGGUCUCGCCUCCGUGUACAAAGCGAGAUCUUCUCUAACUCUGAAUAGAAGACACAAAAAGAUAACCACAAACGACAAUAGAGGACACUCAGCAGCAUUGCUGCAACACUCACACAAUGAAACAAAUGAAAGCCAAAAAGUUACACUCACACACAUACCUGUCAGUCAGUCAGUCACCGUGUCACCGUGAACACAUAACCCCAUCAAACCCGUUCAUCAUCGAUCGUCGAUCAUAGCAGGCGCCCAAGAUGGCGUUCUAUCGUAGUUGAUAAGCCAAAACAGCGAUCGCAAUGCAACCGACGCGACGGCGGCGGUUGCUUGGAUCGAUUUCGACGAAAGAAAAAGACAAAACACCCGGUCAUUGUUGUUUCGUUUUCGUUUUUUUUAGAACGUGAAUGUGCGAGUGAAGCCGGAUGCGGCUUCACCGCCGCUUCCCAGAACCAGUAGAAAAUAUUAUGCUUUUCUCUCUCUGUCUCGUACCGAAAGCAGAAGCACUGGAUGUGAAAAAGUUAUACAUAAAUGUUAGAUAUAUGCACAAUGCGCGCAACUGUACAGCUAUUUGCUCCGUCAUCAUCUUCUUCUUCUCUGUAGAAAGUAGAUUGUAAAUUUUUGACAUUAAGAUUACUAGUGUUAAUUCUUUACCAUUUGUUCAUAGUUUAAUUUUUUGUUCAUAUCUAUAUAAAAUUAUAUAUUUUUCUUGUGUACAUAUAGUGAUCUAAUAUUUAAUAAAUUAAAAAGAAACGUUUAGAAUGCAAGUUGUUCUCAAAGGCGUUUGUAGAGAACGGUUCUUAGUCCGACAAGGACAACAGACAGAAACAAAAAACCUUGUAAACAUCUUCCACUUCUAAUCUAAGUAAAUCAAGACAUAUACUUAACUAGGUACGCAAAUCCCCAAGAUGGAGGCGGAAACGCCGAGCUAGUGUAUUAUAAACUGAAUGUAUUAUGAAUGCAGCUACUUAAAAGUAACAAAAACCCUCUAGUAGUGUAAUUUUACCUUUAUACUCGAAAGUAGAGUAGUUGACAAGCCCCCCAUUUGAAUGGAAGAAAGAAAAGACAACUUUACCACCAAAAAAAUGAAACAUUCGUUACUAUAUAACUUUUAGAUAAAAAUGAAACACAAGUAGGAACAAGUAGGAAAAAAAACAAAAAAAAAUGGCGAAGAAGAAGAUCCAUCCGAUCCACUUAAGAAUUUGUUCUAGUUUAAUAUACCUUUUACCUUCCCUGUACACGCCCACACAUACACACACAAACACGCAUUGAUAAGAGUACAUAUGUAGAUUAAAAACAAAAGAUGAGGAAUAAAAAGAAACACCGUUCAGUGUGUUUAAGAUUGUUGUAAA